AUGACUUUACUCUAUGGGCUGGACUUUACCAGGUUUUACGACAUAAAGGGUGUACAACAGCCGCGGCCACCGAAACCUAGCAAUAGGGCCGCCCAUUGUCUCAACGCUAUACUACCGGAGCUAAAGGAAUGUCGUACUGACUCAUUGACGAACUGGAAUGUUACCGAUUAUUCGGCCCUAGGUGAUGUUUGCUGCGCCCAAUGGGACAAUAUUGAAUGUGACCUAGAUGCUUCGGCCAGGUCGGAGUGCAGCGCCCAAGACUUGGAAGAUGUCAACUAUUAUUUCUCGGCAUUAAUUGAUUUUUACGACACAAAAACAUGCAAACAAUACCCCAGAGGUGCCACCCAUUGCCUACUGCCUACUCUAGUGAGCCUAGCGGAGCAAAAACAGCAAUUGGAUGAAGAUCUAAACAACUCCCCCGUUGACCCUAAGUUGGUGUUACCUCCACAGCCCCUGCCCGACCCCCUGGCCCUCGACUGUUUCGGUACACUAAACCCGAUAGUUAGGGUCGGGUGUCGCCAGGUUGCUGCUAUCAAGUGGAAUAUUACCAGGCACAGUCGACCCCCUGUGCGUAAUAUAUGUUGCGCCACCUGGGACGAUAUUGAUUGCCUAGACGAUAUUGUUAAGAUUAAGUGUCCCAGGAAUGAGGUUACGGCGAUUGAAAAUUAUUUUAACAAGCUGGAAAACUGGUUGACCCAGAUCGCGUGCUCUAAAUCAUCCUACCACAGCGCCAACUGUAGCCACCCAUUGGACACAAUCCGUCCGUACGAACCGCUGCCCACACCUGCCGACGAGAAUAGGGGUUCGUUCAAUGGGCCCGACAUUAGGGUACAGUUGGACUACCAGGAGGUCGAUAUGAUAUUCCCGGCGCCCAAACAGUCCCGCAGUCAACAGGCAGUUAUAGGGGACGACUCGGCAGUGCUCGAGUCAGGCCAACUCAAUGCUGACUAUAGAAACUUUAUGGUGCAUUACAUGAUGGCCGUAAUGCCACACAUGCUCAACCUGAUGGCCCUGUUGGCCGUGAUCUUGGUUGUUGUGAUUUGUAUCCAGUGUUUUAUUAUGGCCAGACAAGUUAAGCAUGAGCGAUAUUUCAAAAUGAUAAAUGACCAGGGUUAUCAGAAAUUAAACAUUUAGUUUUGUUUUGUUUGUUUUUUAAAGCUCAUAGAGUUAUUAUUGAAUUUAUGUUAGUUUUGUAUUUUCUAUAAGAGUUUUUAAAUAUAAUAAUCAGAAUAUUGUUUAUUUUAAAAUAAUUUUAUUAUAAGAAAGUAAAUUUUGUUUGGAAAAUUGUAAUAGUCUUAAAGCAUAGUAUUUAAUUAUUGAUAGAGUGCCUUGAACAAAUUAUUAUAGUUAUUACUUUUCGAUUUAACAGUACAAUUGUACUUUUAAAAAUACAAUGUCAAUU